AUGAAUUAUUUUGCUGAUUUUAACACUUAGUUAGAAUUUGAUGGAUCCACAUUGGUUUGGGAUUACUCAAAAUUUCCUCCAAAAAAAAUAUAAAUCCAGAUCAACUUGACUAAAAAUAACAAAAUAAAUUAUUGUAGAGAUGGAGCAACUUUACGAAUGUAAUAUUGUUGAAAUCUAAUAAAUUUAAUAGUGAUUAAGUAAAAGACACAACAAAUAAAUAUUAAAUAUUUCAGAAUUUUGAAUAAAUUCAAUUUUUUUAAUGGUUAGGAAACUUUGGAGAAAAUAAUUAAAAAAUAGGAAGAUGGACAGCCACUUGGAAAGAGGAAAAUUUAAAAAAUGUAGGUGGUCAGUACUCUGAAGACGGAAAAAAAUAAGGCUUAUGGAAGGAAAUAAUAAAAAACUUUUGUAAGUAACUCAAAAUUUAUUAUUAAUAGUCAUGCUAAGGUAUUUGAAGUGGGAGAGUAUAUGAAUGGCUUUAGGAAAGCAAUUUGGAGCUAUUUAUAUAAUGAUAAAGAGAUGUAAUAUACUUAUUUAUUAAAUAGUGGUGGCGGAUCAUAUGACAUAGAAGGAAAUGGGAUUAAGAUUGGUAGAUGGAUUUAAUUAAGUGACGAUUUUUUUUAGCAAUCUUAAGUAACUUAUAAUGGAGAAUUUUAAAAUGGAAAAAAAAUUGGUAGAUGGGAUAUUUUGUUUAAAGGGUUAUACUAGAAAAAAUUUUAAUAGAUGUAUAAAUCAUCAUAUAAUUAAUUGAGUUUAGCGGAGGUGGAUCUUAUGAAAAAGGAGAGGAUAGUGUUAAGGUUGGAAGAUGGAUUGAAUUAUAGGAUGGAUUUAAAAAUUAUUCUUAAGUAAUUUUAAAUGGAGAAUAUAAAAAUGGCAAAAAAGUAGGUAUCUGGAAUAUUUUCUAUAGGAAUUAGGAUGAGAAAGAAUUUAAAUAGUUGUAAUAAAUAAUAUUUUUCAACUAUUUAGUGGUUGUGGAUCUUAUAAUAAUGGAAGUAAGACUGGGAUGUGGAUUGAAUUGAAGGAUGGAUUUAAUGACUAUUCCUAAAUAACUUAUAGAGGCAAAUAUAAAAAUGGUAACAAAUUUGGUAUUUGGAGUGUUUUGUAUAGAAAAUUUGAUGAGAAAGAAUUUAAAUAGAUGUAAAAUAAAUUAUAUUUCAAUGUUUUAGUGGUGGUGGAUUUUAUGAUGAAUUAGGUAAUGGCUUUAAGAUUGGGAUAUGGAGUGAGUUGAAUGACGACUUUAGGUAUAAUUGUUAGCUGACAUAUCAUGGUGAGUAUAAAAAUGGAAAGAAAGUAGGUAGUUGGGAUCUUUUUUAUAGAAAGCAUGAUGAAAAAGAGUUUAAAAAGAUGUAAAUCAUAAUAUGAUCAAAUAUUUUAGUGGUGGUGGGUCUUAUAAUGAAGAAGAUUAUGGUAAUAAAAUUGGGAGAUGGAUUGAGUUGAAUGAUGUGUUUGAUAAUUAUUCAUAAAUCACUGAGAAUGGUGAAUACAAAAAUGGUAAAAGAGUGGGUAAAUGGGAUAUUCUUUAUAGAAAGCAUGAUGAAAAAGUAUUUAAAUAGAUGUAUCUGAUAUUAUGUUGAGCUGUUUUAGAGGUGGUGGAUCAUUUGAUUAGGAUGGUGAUGGGAUGAAGAACGGAAGAUGGAUUGAUUUGAGUUAUGGAUUUAAGGGAGAUUAUUAAAUAACAUAUUAAGGUGAAUAUUUAAAAGGUAACAAAGUUGGAAGAUGGGAUAUUUUAUAUAGAAAGCCGGAUGAGCAGGAUUUUAAAUAGAUGUGACUUAUAUUAUGUUACUUUGUUUUAGUGGUGGUGGAUAAUAUGAUGAGGGAGGUUAUGGGAUUAAGAUAGGAAGAUGGAUUGAACUGAUUGAAGAGUUUAAUACUUAUUCGUAAAUCAUUGAUGUUGGUUUAUAUGAAAAAGGCAAAAAAGUUGGCAUAUGGGUAAAAUAAGGCCUGAACUAUGGAAAAUAGAUAUAUAAAGAAUAAAAAUAUGAAAAUUGA